UGGAAGAGCAGUUCGAGAUGUGUUCGUCAUGGAAACGGAGGAAUGACAGACUGAAUCUCUCCGGUGUUUCUACUCAAACCCGAGCGGAAUAAACUCGGACAACCGUGACGGAUCUCCUACAGACGGCAGUAUUACACGUCCAGCUUUACUAGAGCUUCAGUAUGUCGGUGAACGGGACUCAGGACGGUCCGGUGACCGUGGCGGAGCCGCACACUGGCGGUGGCGCGCGCGAGAUAACGGCGGCGCAUGGCGGCUUGCUGUCUCUGCCGCGUUUCAUGCGUCUCAAGUUCACACCGGAGUCUCUGGAGAAAGUUUAUCAGACGUAUUUUCUGCGGCAGCGCCAGGAGACGUUACUGGUGCUGAUCGUAUUCGCGGCCCUAUUUAACGGUUAUGUCGUCAUCAUGUGCGCGGUGGUUUACUCUGAGGAUAAACUGAAGACGCUCGCGGUGGCGGCAGGUGGGCUCGCGUCGGAUAUUCUGCUCUAUAUUUUGUGCCGGUUCCGUUUGCUGCCGGAGUCCGUGACCCGGAGCCUCGUGCCGUACGCGCUCUGGCUGCUCAUCACGGUCCACGUGCUGUGUUACUUCAGUUUGAACUUCGCGGGAUUUUACGCAGCCGGUGACACUGUCGGAUGGCAGACAUUCUUCCUCUUCUCUUUCUUCCUCACGCUCCCGCUGGCGCUCGCGCACAUCGCGCUCCUGAGCGCGCUCUCGUGCUGCGCGCACACGCUGCUGCUGGGAUUCACCAUAGCGCAGAGACACCAAGACAAAUUGCAGCUCACAGUCCUGAUCAGACAGCUGGUGGCGAAUCUGAUGCUGUAUUUUGCUGCCAUGUUGGUGGGCGUGAUGUCAUAUUUCAUGGCCGACCGUAUAUACCGCACGGCAUUCCUCGAGGCCAAGCAAUCUCUGAAAGUCAAUCUUACGCUGAAGGAACAGAGUCAACAACAGGAGGAAUUGCUGUUGUCCAUCUUGCCGAAGCACAUAGCAGAUGAGAUGCUUCAGGGCAUGAAGAAAGGAGCCAAUCAGAAAUCAGAUGCUCAGCAGUUCAACACCAUGUACAUGUACCGUCACGAAAACGUCAGUAUCCUUUUCGCAGACAUUGUAGGUUUUACACAGCUGUCUUCUGCCGUGACUCCAAAAGAACUCGUCAAACUACUCAACGAACUCUUUGCUCGCUUCGACAAACUAGCAGCACAACACCACCAGCUGAGGAUCAAGAUUUUGGGAGACUGUUAUUACUGUAUCUGCGGUUUGCCUGAUUAUCGUGAAGAUCAUGCGGUCUGCUCCAUUAUGAUGGGCCUGUCUAUGGUGGAGGCCAUCUCAUAUGUGCGUGAAAAAACUCAGACAGAAGUGGACAUGCGUGUAGGUGUGCACACGGGUACCGUACUGGGUGGAGUCCUGGGACAGAGGCGCUGGCAAUUUGAUGUCUGGUCCACUGAUGUUACUGUGGCAAACAAGAUGGAAUCAGGAGGCAUCCCGGGGCGUGUGCACAUCUCUCAGAACACGAAGGACUGUUUGCACGGUGAGUUUGAGCUGGAGGAGGGCAAUGGAGGAGAGCGCUGCGAGUACCUUCUGGAGAAAGGCAUCGACACGUAUCUGGUGCUCGUGUCCAAAGACACUUCCAAAACAAACGGAGUGACCAACGGCACAGUGAUCAACACCACAAAACCCAGCAGCAGCUACACGUCAGUAAAGAACAUACCUGAGGAGUCAGAGACACAGCAGCUCCAGUUGGCCAAUACGACUGAUGAAGGGAUGGAGGACGAGCAUCUGAACCAGCUGCUGAAUAAAGCUCUGCUGGAGAGAGAGACAGAGGAGACUCUGGAGGAGAGGAAGACGUCGGUUCUGUCUCUGAGGUUUGAGGACUCUGAUCUGGAGUCUCGCUACUCAGCAGAGAAGGAGAGACGGACGGGCGUUGCGUUUAGCUGUUGUUGUGUCAUUCUGAUCUUCACCUCAGUCAUGGAAAUGCUCAUAGACCCACAGCUGAUUGUGAAUUAUGUGACUCUAGCUGUUGGUGAGCUGUUACUGCUGAUUCUGACUCUGUGUUCACUAGCAGCCAACUUUCCUCGAGUCUUCCCCCGGAGGCUGGUGUCUUUCUCACUGUGGAUCGACCGCACGCGCUGGGCUCGUAACACAUGGGCCAUGGCUGCCAUAUUUGUUCUGACCAUGGCUGAGGUGGCCGAUAUGCUGAGCUGCGUUCAGCCCCCUCUCGUGCUGCUGAACUCCUCGUCCGGCGUGACGCUCGAGUCUCUGGGUGACGGCGGAUGCGCUGAGAACCCCAAACACUACGGAUACAUAUCAGUGAUGUCGCUCGUGGCAACCGUCAUGCUCGUACAGCUCAGCCAUGUGGUCAAGCUGGCGCUCAUGCUGUUGGUUACCAUAGCAACAGGUGCCGUAAACAUCCACAGCUGGAUGUACAUUUACAACAUCUACGAUUUCAUUCGCUACCUGGACUACAGUUAUUCAGUGGUUCCCUCCAGAUAUCUGGUGACUGUGAUGAUUAUCAUCAUGAUGAUGAGUUUCUACUACUAUGCACGUCACGUGGAAAGACAGUCGCGUAAACUGUUUCUGUGGAAGAUUGAGGUUCACGAACAGAAGGAGAAAGUGUAUGAAAUGAGAACGUACAACGAGGCGCUGGUCACUAACAUGCUUCCUGAUCAUGUGGCCAAACACUUCCUGGGCUCCAAGAUGCGAGAUGAGGAACUUUACAGUCAGUCAUAUGAUGAGAUCGGUGUGAUGUUCGCCUCUAUUCCCAACUUCUCUGACUUUUACACGGAGGAGAGUAUAAACAAUGGAGGGAUAGAAUGCCUCCGAAUCCUGAAUGAGAUCAUCUCUGACUUUGACAGUCUUCUGGAUCGCACAGAGUUUUGCCACAUUACGAAGAUUAAGACCAUCGGCAGCACAUACAUGGCUGCAUCAGGCGUGACGCCGGAGAGCAACACUAACAGACACGCAGACCGCAAGAUAGAGGAUCAGUCCAUCCUGGAGCGCUGGCAACACUUCGCUGAUUUGGCAGACUUUGCACUGGCUAUGAAAGUCACACUUGGAAACCUAAACAAACAGUCGUUCAAUAACUUCAUGCUGCGCAUAGGUCUGAAUAAGGGGGGGGUGUUAGCUGGAGUGAUUGGCGCUCGCAAACCUCAUUUCGAUAUUUGGGGAAACUCUGUAAAUGUGGCCAGUCGUAUGGAGUCCACUGGGGUUAUGGGUAACAUACAGGUGGUGGAGGACUGCUAUAACAUCCUGAAGGAGUACGGUUUCCGUUUCGUCAGAAGAGGACCCAUCUAUGUAAAAGGAAAAGGAGAACUGCUCACUUUCUUUAUGAAGGGCAAAGACAAACAAGCCACAAAGACGACCGCGGUCUCUCUCCCACAUCAAAUACCACACAAAUCCUGAGAAAACUGAAGAUGAGAAGGACAUUGACAUUUUAUUUUAUGUUAUUUGGGGCUUUUUCCACUUUUUAUUAAUAGAACAAUGGAAAAGAGACAAAAAGGAGACUCCCGAAAUGAGCACUACACCUCAACAAGUCUGCAGCACAUGCACUACCCAAUAGACAACAACCCUGAAAAAAUAACACAUUACAAACAACAGCCAAAGGUUGUAUUAACUGAACAUUUUCUAUUGUUUGUUUUAUUUUAAAAACACAUGUUCCAUCAUUGAUACAGAUCAAAAAUACACCAUCUGGUCUACUGCAUGCUUUAUACACUUUACGUUUUUAAAAAUGCUGAUAGAAUGUAUGCAUCCAUGGAUGAGGUUAUAGUAAACUAUGAAUUUACAUUUGUAAUUAUUGAAAAUGUUAUUGUUGGCUAUAUCAAGCCCAUAAAAAGUAUAAAGUAGACCAUGAUGAAAAUAUUAUUAUAAUUAGCGGACACAAACAAACACAAUCAGGAGCUGAAAGCACUACCCAAAUUAUGUCAGAUCAAAGACACACACACAUCUUUUCAACAGAGCAUGAAAAAUGUUGUAUAUCAUUCAUAAUUGUAUAUCUUAAUAUGACAGCAUCAACAGAAGACAGAGUUUUUAUUCUGUAUUUUUAUUUUUCAUACAGCUUUACCUGAGAACAUCACACUGAGACAAUAUUCUAAAUGACAUAUAUUCCUAAUGUUUUUUUGUUUGUUUGUUUGUUUGUUUUAUGUUUUUACUCAGUGGCAUUUUUUAUAAUCACCAUCUCCAGGUCUAUAUCUCAAACCCAGCAGGCUGACUGAUAUUUAAUGCUUUUUAUAAACUCACAUUUCACUCAUGACAUUCAGUAUGUUUUAUGUAUAAGCUACUCUUUGAAACUCUUGGUUAUAGAUCAGAUAAUUAUGUCUCUCAGAUUUUUGUAGACUGUGGAUUUAGCAGCUCUUUAUGCUGUUCUCAGUGUUUUAUUGUUUGACAGAAUGCGAAAAAAUGAUUUAAUGACUAAAAGGGCACAUAAAAAAGCCAAUAAAAAGGUACAUUAAACAGAAAGAUUUUAGUAGCUUCUUGUUGAAUUUUAAUAAUCAACACAAGUCUAGUAACCAGUAGUCUAGUAAACAAGUCUAGUGAUGAAUGUAAACUAGUGAAAAAUGUAGAAACACUUGACAUUUGAAGGUUAGAAAUCUUGUGUUAAUUGAAAACUUGUUGACUAAAUGUUUUAGCAUUAUGUAGACUGGAUACUUGAGUAGU